AAGCCAUCCAGCAGCAAACUAAAAUCACCUCGCCAUUCUCCUUUCAUUCUGCUCAUUCUGCUUGUUCUGCUCGUUAUCAUCCCCACCGAGUUCGUCCUCUACGUCGCUGCUCGUUAUCGUUUGCAGUCACCUGAGCCAGUCUUUGCCCGCUAGGUCGAUCACUUAGAACAACAUCGCGGAUCCUUACCGCUCUAUUUCGCUCUCCUCUGGUUGUAAACUCGUACGAUAGCUCCCAUCUCCGCACCUCUCUUUGGAAAAUGGGUGCCAUGCAUCGCUUCGCCGUGCUGCUACUAGCCGUUGUGGCCGUGUGCCACGUCAGCGACGUGUCAGCGCUGAAUCCUGGGGAAGUGGGCCGCGCCAUCAGCAUCAUCACGAAGAGGCCGGAAUACCGGUCAAUGUUCACAUUCGUCGACGACUAUUUGAAAUCUCUCAUUCCCUUGACGGACCUGACCGUUCUGCUGCCCGCCAACGUGGGGCUGCUCGGCAACUACACCAAGGACGAGCAGACGACCAUUCUCUCGUACAACACCAUCGCCACGCGCUACAUCUUCCGCAACUUCACCACCAUGGCGGCCGGCACGGAGCUCGACACUCUCGAGGGCAACACGAUCAUCAAGCGCGGCCCCAGGGGCCUGCCGACCGUCACGUUCAAAGGCGCAGCGAAGCUGCCGACCGUCCUGGCGCUGCCGAACCUGUGGGUUGGUACGGACUUCACGAUCCAGGGCACGAGCACGCUGCUGAUCCCCCCGGAGCUGCUGACUCCCGAAGCUGACACCAUCCGCGGGGCUGUUCGAGGCACUCUCCGCGGUACCGUUGGGGUCGCCAUGGGCGGUUUUGGUGCCCUUUUCAGGCCGGCUGGUCCCCCCUAGGUGAUCUGGAGCCAAUCAUUAUCGUCCGGCUAAUCACGCUUUCGCCAAGCAGGGAGUUAGUAGGAACCUUGAUCUAAGCUGACUUCUAAGAGGUACUCCUAGCAUGAGUAAGAGCUGAUUAUAUAUACAUGUAAAAACAUAUAUAAAAUGACGUUAUCAUG